AUUGAUUUUGAUUUUUAUAUUGUUUCUAAAUGUAAAUUAUUAUUAUUAAAUGAUAUUCAAAAAAUAAUUGAUUCAUUUAAAUCUCAUCAAUUUUUUGCUAAUGGUCAAUGGAAAAAUAUAAAAUGUUCUUUUGAUCCAAUAAUGUCAUGUCAACAUAUAUCAUCAAAAACAACAAUAAUUAAACCGAAUUUUUUUGAUGGUAUUAUAGAUUAUCCAAUUAUUUUCUAUUGGAAACGUGUCAAAUACAUGAAGAUUGAUUUAUGUCCAUCAAUUCUAGUAUUUCUCAAACAAUUUGAUAUUCUAUAUCCUCAUAUAAACUGUAUUCAAUUUAAUAUGGCAUAUUACGUUACAUCUAUCAAUCGAGAUAAAUUACAUGCAGAAGUACUUGCCUAUCUUAUGUCAAUGCCAAUUCAAUUGAUCUAUCUUCGAGUUGAACAAUUCGAAUGGCUUUUGCAUGCUAUUGAAUAUGCAUCAGAUAAACUACGAAAAGAUGCAUUAAGUACCGUUCGACAUAUUGAGUUUUGUCUUUCGAACUAUAAUCGUGAUUCAGACAAGUCAGUUUAUAUGAGAAAAAAUCUCGUAUCUUUUCUCAGUAGUUAUACACCAUAUUUACAAACAUUGCGUCUUUGGCAAGACGGUGAUUUUUCUUGGACACCAAUUCGACCAGAAUAUGAAACAAGAUGUGUGCGUGAUGUUCUGAGUAGGCGAUCGACAGAAUCUUUACAAAAAUCUCAAUUAUUUGAUCACCAUGUUGCUGUUUUUGAACAAGAUCUUUGUGAAUUAGUUCAACAAUUGAAAAAAAUUGUUUUUCUAGAUAUUUAUGGAGAAAUCGGUCGUGACAAAAUCGAACCUUAUCGUUCUAUGGUUAAAAUGUGUUUUCUUAAUAGUAGACUUCAUAUCGAUGCAUCAAGAUUUCGUAUUUGGUUUUGA